AUGUUUGACAAGUAUUCUAUACAAUUGACUAAUAAAGCCAAUGAACUUGGUGAUUUUUGUGCCGGUAUUAUUAAUUCAGGAAAUAAUACUGAAGCAAGAAAAGAAUUCAAUGAAAAACUACUCAAACAAGUACAAAAAAAAUAUAUAGGAUUGAAAAGUAAAUUUAUAAAAACAAAAGAAAUGUUAAUAAAGAAACAAAAAGAGUAUAAAAAUAUUAAGAAAAAAAUAGAGAAAACAAUAAAUACAGUUAACUACAUUUUAUCAACAAAAACACCAAAUAAUGUUUCAAUAAAUAAGGUUAUACUUAUUGCAUCUACAACACGAAAAACUCAGUACAAAUUUGUUUUAGUAGCAAGGACAUUUAAAUUGGUAACAAAGACAUUUGUUCUUUAUAUAAAAUUAAAAAAUAUACCAACAUUUAACAAAGGAUGUGAAUUUAAAAAGAGGUGUGAAUCAAAGGUUUUAUAUAAGGAAAUGGAAAAAAUAUGUACAAAACUAGAACCAUUAAAAGUAAAAUUAGAAGUAGUAACAGUGGUUCGAAAUACCGCGUUCACAGCAAUAAAAACACAAGAAAUAGAAAAAAAAACAACAAUAAAGGAGCAAAAAUCUGUAUCAAUGUAUAUAAUGAAUAUAUGGGUUAUGCAUAUCUCGAUAAAUACAUCUAUAUUUACACUGACAUUUAUAGUAAUGUCAACAAUAAUAUUCAUAUCAACGAAACAAUACAAACCUAUAAAGUGUACAACAGAGGAAAAGGCAAGAGAAGACAAAGUACUACAGAAAAAAAAACUUGAUAAAUUGGCGAAUGAAAUCUUAAAGAAAACUAUAACUUUAGAAAAAAAUGUACUCGUAAAACUUUAUGUGAAAAAAUAG